AACAAUAGGUGAAGAUCACUGCAUCUAAAAUGGCAAACAUCAGCUUCCAUAAUUAUAUCUUUGGUUUCUGUACAAGCCUUCUCAUCAUCACGACCCUAAGCCACAGCGAGAGUGGGUUGCCGUCGGAGGAACAUGUCUCCCUUUUCAUCUUCGGGGACUCAAUUUUUGAUGCCGGAAACAAUAACUACAUCAACACUAGUCUGCGAGCAAAUUAUCGGCCAUAUGGUGAAACCUAUUUUAAGUACCCAACGGGAAGAUUUUCAGAUGGUCGUCUGAUUUCAGAUUUUAUAGCUGAGUACGCAAAACUACCUGUUAUUCCACCAUAUCUACAACCCGGCAACCAUAAUUUUACAUAUGGUGCAAACUUUGCAUCUGCAGGAGCUGGUGCUUUAGUUGAAACUAGCCAAGGUUUGGUAAUAGACCUUAAUUCUCAACUGUCGUAUUUUGAGCGAGUCUGUGAGUCAUUGAUGAAGAACUUAGGGGAUGAAGAAGCCAAUAUUCUGAUAUCAAGAGCCGUUUACUUGUUUAGUGUUGGAGGCAACGAUUACUCGUACAUAUUUGGGACAAACUCCAGCAUCCUUCAAACCUACUCUCACAGAGAAUUUGUAGGAACGGUUCUAGGCAACAUUACUUCAGCGAUCGAACAGGAAAUAUACAAGAAGGGAGGAAGGAACUUCGGGUUUCUUAGCCUUGAUCCUCUUGGUUGUUUACCAUUUUCAAGAGCAGUUGUGCAGGGACAGAAUGGUACCGGAUGCUUCAAAGAAAUUACACCGUACGUAAAACUGCACAAUAAAGCGCUUCCCAAACUCCUUCGGAAGCUGGAGACUAAGCUCAAGGGAUUCAGAUACUCCCUUUCCGACUAUAAUGAGUUCCUGAGAGAUAGAAUAAAUCACCCUUCUAAACAUGGUUUUGAGGAGGGGAAGGUGGCAUGCUGUGGAAGUGGUGUAUAUAGAGGAAUUUUCAGCUGCGGAGGCGAAAGAGGUAUCAAAGAGUAUAAAUUAUGCUCUAAUGCAAGUGAAUAUGUUUUCUUUGACUCUGCCCAUACAACAGAAAGGGUCAAUGAGGAAUUUGCUAGGCUCUUCUGGAGUGGAACUCCCAAUUCCACUGCCCCUUACAAUCUCAAAGCACUAUUCGAAUGGAACUAACAAAGUAUAUAUAUACAGUAUAUCUCAAUAUGUAGUUAAUCGUUAGAUCAUAUCGAUAAUGACUCUAUAUUGGCGAUCUUAACUCUCCGUUAAGAUACUUUAAUACUACACAUAGUGUAUAGCUACUAGGAAAGUUAUAGCAUCUUAACCAAAUUGUCAAUUUUGACUGAUUGUUGAGAUAAAUCAUCUACGAAGUGUAUGCGUUGCUCCAGUGGCUCCACAUAUAUACAAGUUAAUUAAAGUUCUUUUUUGAAAUAUAA